AUGCAAAGACAGCUUUUGAAGGCCAUAUGGAAGACUAGAGCUCCAUUGAAAAUGUUAGUUUCUGUGGGAAGCAAUCUGAAGAAGGAUUUUGGCAUUGAUGAUAUUUCGAAGAGAGGAAAAAUUCUGUUUGUACCCAAGAAAACUGGGACCCCUAGGAAAGCUGAGAUCAUAUUCACUGCACCAACUGGGGAAGAAAUCUCGAGUAAAAGACAGCUGGAACAGUACCUCAAAGCACACCCUGGUGGUCCAGCAGCGCCUGCAUUUGACUGGGGCACUGGUGAGACACCAAGGAGAUCAGCAAGGAUCAGCGAGAAGGCAAAGGUAACUCCAGUGAAAGAAAGUGGACCUCCAAAGAAAAGAAGCAGGAAAUCCUCAGCUUCAAAGGAGAGCAAAACAGAAACUACUUCGGGAGGAACUGAGGAAGCAAAAGAGGAAGCUGAAAAAACUAAGGAUGACACGGAGGUGGAAGUGAAAGAAAACCAAGAUGAGAAUAAAGGACCAGUUACAGAGACUCAAACAGAGGCAGCUCCUACUGAAGAAGCUGGAGCUGGAAAAGAAAAGAGUUCUGCUGAAACUGAAGAGGGAAAAGAUGAGUCAGAUCCUGGAAAAGGGAAAUCAGAUGGUCCAGCAUCUGAAAACGAAAAGGAAAAAGUAGACAAGGAAAAGGUGCAAGAGAAGGAUGAGCAACCACUGGGUGAGGCAGCUAAAGAGCAGGGGUCAGGGGAACAGGAGAAAGCAAGUGCAGCGAUUGAUGAUGAGAAAAAGAACGAAGCUGAAGAUGACAAAGAGAAGCUCAACAGAACUGCUGCUGAGUCUGAAGGAGAGAUAAAGGGUAAAGAAGCAGAGAAUUGCAGUAGUGAGAAACCUGAACGUACAGGUGUUGAUGGGAUCAAAGAAAAGGUUGAAGGGCAGGCAAUUGACAAUGGCGGCAAUGCCGGCGGGGUUAAACCUUGA